GAGUGGGAUGGCUGGCCAGAUGGAAAUUGGUCAUACCUGUUCAGUGCGGAGGAGGUUGCAGCUACCAGUGGUCUGAUGGUCCACUGGGCACACAGGGUCGGUGGCGGCAGUCACCGUGGUCGAAACGACGCGGAGACAUGGGUGGAAGGGAAGAAAUCAGACCGAACAUGUCAUGGUGUUAUAGUCUGUGGAAAUGCCGAUUGUGUCUAUCGUGUCCGUCCUCAUGCAAGGCCAAAGCAAAUCCCUCGGCAGCUCGAGGCGCCAUGCCCAAAAUGCAAAUGGGUUCUCAAAUGGAUCAAGUGCGGCAUCAAAUCGUAUCUUCACACCUUCAAGGACGGCAUAUACUACAUUAACGUCGGUGCGCUGGGACUUCUCGUUGGUGCUCCAACACGGGAUGGGGUUGGUAGAUCGGUUGCACAGCUAUCCGAUGUAUGGAGAAACCGAGAUCGGGUUCAGCAAGACAUGAAGCGAGUUCUUGCCAGCCAGAAGAACAACGGGGAUGGGUUCGUCACCGGGUUCGCGCAGUUCCAGGCAGAUUAUGCGGACUACUUGCUGCAUCAUAUCUUCGGUGUGGUGACAGUGCUUUCCCUUCAAGAUUCAUUCAUGCGUCAUCUGUUGGUCAAAGAAACCAUUCUAGGCGACCCCAUUAAUGGUCUUGUUACCGAUGCUGCCCAUGGUUAUUGGGCAGAUAAGAAAGCUCUUCUCAUUAUCAGCUCAACUUACUCCCCUGACCUAAACUGCUGGGUUCCAACAAUUGCAUCGUACUCCAAUGGUGCUUCUGCGGAACAUUAUAAGCAGCACUUUAUAGCGCUCUUUGAGUCAAUAGCAAUGGAGGCGGAGAAAACUGGAGUGGACAUCACGGAUCAACUCUUCCUGAAUGCAAGUAAUCUAUCAUUUGACCAAGCGCAGCGAAAUGCUUUUCUGAUGGCAUACUGUCAAUCCUGGGAGGACAGAGAUGACAGACGGACCACAAGUCAGCGACAUGAAGCCGCAAAGUCUCUCCUGAGAGGAUGCGGCGAGCACUUUCGUGCAGCUGUCACACGGAUCAAGCGCAUCCAUGCUGUUGUCCAACCA